AUGCUGCGCCAUUCCCAAUCGCGAUCAGCUAGCUGGCCUGGGCUUUCUGCUGACAACUUCAUCAUUUCCACGGUGCCCAACCACAACCCACACCCAAGCGCAGCGCUCGACGCCGUCGAGAUGGACCCCUUGACCAUCUUGUCAAUAGCGGCAUCAACCGUCCAGUUUUUAGAUUUUGGCUCUCGUCUGCUCACCGUAGCCUUUGACUCGCGCCAUGUGGGGCCCUCGGCAGCGCGGGUCGAGGUGAACGAGCUAUUCGAAGACUCUCAGGGGUUAACAGCACGCGGCAAGGCGAUCGAAGAAAAGGCCGAACUUUUAAUGGGCUUGAAUCGACCCCUCUCAAUUACGGAAGCCGCACUUCUUAAAGAAUCCCGCCGCUGUGUAGCAGCUAGCCAGGAGAUCUCCGCCGCGCUUGGGACACACGUCCGAGACCAAACGCCGCAGUCAGUCCUGGACGCCAUCAGUGACGCUUUCAAAUUGGUGUGGAAUGAAAAGUCAAUCAAAGACAGCCAGAAGAGGCUCUCUGAUGCCAGAGAGAAACUAAUGUUUGCAAUGGUUUCCGACCUCUGGGAGCGGUCAGCCGCCGGCGAAGUGUCAGCCACCCAAACUACAAAACACCAAGCCCUUAUGCAGCAAUUACAAUCACAGGGUCAACAAGAAAUCCACCCUCCGACAGAAGCCCAUUCAUUAUUCAUCUACCACCAAAAGAAUAGCCGUGUGAACCUGAACCGAACCACAUCUGCGACCGUUGACCUCCACGCCCAGGAUCCCGAGUAUGUGGACGGCCUCCUUAGCAGCCUCUUCUUUGCCGCCUUAGACAGGAGACUCCAGGCAAUUCCGGAAGCGUACAGCAACACCUUUCAGUGGGUGCUACAAGAACCUCGACAAUCCGAGGGUGCCGACCCUCAACCUCUGUGGAGCAGCUUUCCCGCCUGGCUUAGAGAAGACUCUGAGAACAUUUAUUGGAUUACGGGCAAACCCGGCUCCGGCAAGUCGACUUUGAUCAAGCACCUUGUCAGCCAGCCCUCUACCUUCUCACAUCUCGCAGAAUGGGGAGGCCAUAAGAAGGUGCUCACGGUUAUGUUCUACUCGUGGGAUGCCGGGAGCGAACUCCAAAAGUCCCAGGUUGGGUUUCUGCGAACCCUCUUGUACCAAAUCGUUCAACAGGCCCCUGAAAUUGCGCCGCGCCUAUUCCCAGGGCGAUGGGCCAUGCAAAAGAUCUUUGGUUCCGCUUCGUUAGAAUAUCUCCCCCCAUGGACGUGGGAGGAACUUUUCGAAAGCUUCGGUGCCCUUGCGACGCUCCCCGAACGAAACUUCAACCUUGCCAUUUUCGUGGACGGGCUAGAUGAGUUCGCUGGCGACCACUCGCGGCUCAUCGAUCUCAUCAGACAGUUUCACAGUCAGCCCGGGUUCAAGCUCAGGAUGGAAGUCCUCACCGAAACCGAUCUGCGAACCUUCGUCGAGGGCGUGGCGCACGAAAACGUCGCCUUCAUGGAACUCAAAGACGCCUACCCCACCGAAGCCGAAGAGCUGCUCGCCAAAGUCGUAGAACGAGCCUGCGGCGUCUUCCUCUGGGUCGCGCUCGUCAUGAAAGCCGUCCUCAACUCCCUUACCGACGGCACCACCCUCACCCACAUCGAACACCUCGUCGACAGCCUCCCCGAAGACCUCUCCAAGCUCUACGAAAACCUCUGGCGCCGUGUCAAACCCAGCUACCAACGCGCGGGCUCCCGCCUCCUCCUCCUCUUCCGCGCCUACACCAGCACCCCGCAACUCAACCUCCGCACCCACAAAAUCGCCCUCCCCUCCGGCAUGGAGCCCGACCUCCUCUGGCUGGCCGACCGCAACCCGCCCGACAGCCCACGCCGCAUCGUCCAAGUGCUCCGCCGCAAACUCGCCAGCCGCACCAUGGGCCUGCUCGAGCUCACCCCGGCCCAGCACGUCAACUACCUGCACCGCACGACCAAAGAAUGGCUCGACACCUUCUGGCCGGCCAUGGAAGCCCACGCGCACGACUUCGAUCCCCACUUGGGCCUGCUGCGCGCCAUCGCGCGUAUGGCCUCCACCGACCCCGCCGCGCCGCGGAAUCGGCUGGAGGCACAGCCCGGGUCGUGGGAGGCGUACACCAAUGUGUGGGGGUGGAUGCUGGAGGCGUUUUGUCAUGCGGGGAGGGUGGUGCGCGAUCCGCAUGACCGGCUGGUGGAGGCGUUGGAUCGGGUGGAGGAGGCGUUUAGGGGGCUGCGGUUUGUCACGACGACGAUGGUGCCGCAUGUGGCGCAUUGGGCGAAGGGCAGGCGGGGGUCGGCGGAUCAGUUUGGGUUCGUGGGGCUGGCGGCGGAGUUUGGGGUGUUUCGAUAUGUGCAGGCGAAGGUGGAGGAGUCGUUGGAUUAUGCGAGCAUAAAGGGUGGUGAGGAGGAUUUGGUGUCGUGUUUGCUGCUGGGGCCGGGGGCGCGGGGGCUGCCGAAGCGGGAGUAUAAAGCGUUGGGGGAUACGGGGCUGAGGCACCGUUUCGAUUGUAUUUAUAAGUUUGCGUUUGAGCAUAUGGCGUUCAACCACGAGGGGCGGUACCGUGUGGGUAAGGAGCUCCUUGAUGCUUGUUGUGAUAGGAAGGGUAAGCUCCCCGCGGCACUUCGGAUGAGGCUGGCGCCGCUGGCGGACCGGGUUGCGGUGCGGAACGAGCGGGGUUGGCCGAAUAGAGAGUCGGCGCAGGUUCUCGUCAAGGUGGCAAGUGGUGAGGCGGCAUAUGGCCACGCGGUCAUGGAGUUACUGGAGGAUUACGGCAUUGGGGAAAGGAGAGGCGGCGUUAGGCAGUCGUUUAAGGCGUGGCUACAAUGGAAACUGGAGGACUUAGGUGGCGCUUAA